AUGGCUUUCUACUCUAGUAUGUCUCAGUUUCUUUUUCCCUUGAUCUGGUAUUCUAUUCUGAUAUGUCUCUCUUCAGGAUUCCCUACCAGUGAAUCAUCAGUUUCCCCUUCAAAGGCUGAACAAGACUUUGAAAUGUUCCAGCAAUGGAUGGCGGAGCAUGGAAGAGUCUACGCAAACUCUGAAGAGAGCAACACUAGAUUCCAAAUAUUCCAAAGAAAUCUCAAGUACAUCACUGUGACAAAUGCCAAGAGAUCCAAUUCCUCUGGUGCCGAUCGUUUGGGACUCAACAAGUUUGCUGAUAUGAGUCCUGAGGAGUUUAAGAGAGUGUACCUCCAUCCCCUGGAGGUUCCGACCACCAUCGCGCCAGGUACCUCGAGGUCGGGACAUAGGCAGCACAACAAUACAUGUGAAAAUGCACCUUCUUCCAUGGAUUGGAGACAGAAAAGAGUGGUGACUCCUGUCAAAAACCAGAAAAGAUGUGGUGAGUUGCUCUUGUUUAUAUAUUUUAUUGAAGAACGUAGAGUUAAAAUACAUGCUAUAAGAGAAGAACACAAAUUCGAAUUCUGA